AUGGCUACCAAAGGUGCAAAAGUCGGCGACAAGAGGAAAGCCUCGGCUGUUCAUCAUAAUGGAACAGACAAGCGCGUGAAAAAGGCUGCUUUUGAACCCAAGAGAAAGCCAUUUGAGGAAGCGGACGGCUCCGACGAGGCCAACGACUUCGAAAGCUUUUCUGAUGAGGAAGAUGGCGGCGCGAAGCUGAACGAUAACAAGGCUGGGCAGAAGGAUUAUAAGAAGAAUGACAAGUUCGAGGCCAAUGGCAAAUCCCAGGCAGACAAUGGAAAGACAUUCGAGCGAGGUCAAAAUUCUAGAGAAUCACAUAUCAAGCAGAAGCAAUUGGCUCAGGAACGGAAAGCUGCCAAACCUCUCGCCGACGAACUCCAUCGAACAAAGAAGCUCUGGGAGAGACUGCGACGAAAGUCCCAUGUCCCCAAAGAGGAGAGGCAGAAGCUUGUAGACGAGCUAUUUGAGAUUAUCACGGGAAGGAUCAAGGACUUUGUCUUGAAGCACGAUGCUGUUCGAGCUGUGCAGACAGCGAUCAAAUACUCCACCCCGAUUCAGCGCAAGCAGAUUGCGAAGGAACUGUCAGGCACAUAUGCGCAGCUCGCCGAGAGCAGAUAUGCAAAGUUUCUGAUUGGCAAGCUUCUCGUCCAAAACGACGAUGAAAUCCGAGAUUUGAUUGUUCCUGAAUUUUACGGCAAGGUACGAAAGCUCAUCAACCAUCCAGAGGCAUCUUGGAUUCUGGACGACAUAUAUCGAGGUGUGGCUACCAAGGAGCAGAAGGCCAAGCUUCUGAGAGAAUGGUACGGACCGGAAUUUGCAUUGUUCAAGGAUAGUGGUGACGGCGAAGUUACCGGUGAGCUUUCAAAAAUACUUGAAGCCGAACCUGGGAAACGUGGACCGAUCAUGAAGUACCUCAUCGAUAUGGUCAACCAGCUGGUGCAGAAGAAGUUGACUGGCUUCACAAUAUUGCACGAUGCCAUGUUGCAGUACUACCUCAAUGUCAAGCCUGAAACUGAGGAACACAAAGAGUUCCUUGAGAUGAUCAAGGAGGACGAAGGCGGCGACCUACUCAAGAAUAUGGCAUUUACAAAGUCAGGUGCUAGGUUGUCAUGCCUGUUGUUGGCAUAUGGCUCAGCGAAGGACCGAAAGCAAAUCCUGAAGACCUACAAAGACACGUUCCAACUCAUGUGUGGGGAUCCUUACGGGCAUGUGGUUAUCCUCACAGCGUACGAUGUUAUUGAUGAUACCGUCUUGUCAUCGAAGGCCAUCUUUCCAGAGAUCUUGGGCAAAAAUGAUCAGAAGGAAGUCGAAAACGUCAUAUUUUGCGCCAAUGACCCCUUCGCACGAACAACUAUCAGGUACCUCUUCGAAGGACUAUCAAAAACACUGUUCCCCCCAAAUCUCUCCUCAGACCUGGAGAUCUUGAAGGAAGUCCACGAGAUUCGUAAGACAACAAGCAAGAAGGACGCAGAGACUAGACGCAAAGAGCUUGUUACCGCUCUGUCGCCUCAACUUCUUGCUGCUAUCGCAGCGUCUCCAAAUGAGCUUGUCUCUAGCUCCUUUGGCUGUCAACUAGUGACAGAUGUUUUGUUGGACGCUGUUGGUGACAAAACAGCUGCCCUGGACGCAAUUGCGGCCACAGCUGCAGGCAACCCACAACCAGAAGACUCUAAGGAAACUUACCCCCCACCUAUGCCCCAUAUCUCACAAACGCCACAUGGAGGACGAAUGUUCAAGACUCUGAUUCAGGGAGGUCGAUUUGACAGAGAGUCAGGUCAGGUAAAACCUGUAGACCCACCUCUUAACUUUGCAAACAUCCUUUAUCCUGUGAUUAAGGAUCAUAUUGUUGCAUGGGCGACUGGAUCCAGUUCAUUCGUCGCACUUGCGUUGUUGGAGUCAAAGUCCUUUUCUGAGACGGAGGAGUUGAGGGGAAACCUACGCAAGAACAAGAAGGCCCUAAAGAAAGCUGCAAGUGAAGAGACAGCAGAACAAAAGGCGAAACGGGAGGCCACAGAACAAGCAGAUGCGACUAAGAAAACCUCAGGCAAGGGGAAGAAAUCUGCUGGAAAGCAGGAGAGAGCUGUUGGGAACCAAGGAUCGAAGUUGCUCCUUGAGAAAAUUUGA